CUGCACUACGGGACCCUGCUGGGCAGCAGAGCUUGUGCCACCAUGGCAGCAGCUGCCUGGGCCACCGGGGCUCUCUUUGCUCUGCUGCAUACUGCCAAUACAUUUUCACUGCCACUCUGCCAAGGCAAUGCUGUGGAUGAGUUCUUCUGUGAAAUCCCCCAGAUCCUCAAGCUCUCCUGCUCUGGUUCUUACCUCAGGGAAUUUGGUCUUCUUGUAUUUAGUGCCUUUAUCUUUUUUGCUUGUUUUGUCUUCAUUGUUGUGUCCUAUGUGCAGAUCUUCAGGGCCGUGCUGAGGAUGCCCUCUGAGCAGGGAAGGCACAAAGCCUUCUCCACGUGCCUCCCUCACCUGGCCGUGCUUUCCCUCUUUGUCUGCAGUUCCACACUUGCCUACCUGAAGCCUCCCUCCAUCUCCUCCCCAUCCCUGGACCUGGUGGUGGCAGUGUUAUACACGGUGGUACCUCCAGUCAUGAACCCCGUCAUCUACAGCAUGAGGAACCAGGAGAUCAAGCAAGCACUCAGGACAAUGUUUGGAGAUAUAUUGCUUUGGCAUCAGUAA